AUGUCUGCAGUGCCAUCACAGACUACAGAACAAUCGCCUCAGCAAAGACGCAAGCCUCCGCGUCUUGCGCAUAAAAAGUCCCGCACUGGGUGCCAGCGAUGUCGGAGUCGCAGAGUCAAGUGCGACGAGGCCCGGCCCGUCUGUCGCGACUGUCACCGACAUGACGUUGCGUGUGUUUAUGACAGGUCUGAAGGCUUCACCCAGGCAGGACCACCUGCAGCCCAAGUGGUCUUCAUCCAGCCUGUCGAACCCAUACGAGGGCAUUCCCCUGCCUUCAGGUCCAGCCACGAUGAGCAUUUAGAGCUGCGACUCCUCCAUCACUUUACUGUAGCGACUACCUCGACAAUACCAUGGACCCACGUGCCCCAUAUCAAGGAACGCUGGACGGUCGACGUCCCCCGACUCGCAUUCACCUACAGACCACUGCUGCAUGUCAUAUUCUCAAUUUCCGCGCUCCACAUGGCCAAGUCCGAGCCAGGCCAAUCGCAUUUACUAGGUAUUCACCGAGAAUACUUCGAAGAGGCGCUCCGCGAGCACAGACUCUCCGUCCAGGGCAUUACCCGAGAUAUCGCCGACGCAGCAUGUUUCACAACAGUCCUUUUACUAAUUGACGUGUUUGCCACAUUGCAAGAUCGACCACUGCAGCCUUAUGAACCACCGCUAGAAUGGAUGCACCUGGUCCGGGGAUCCGAAUCGGUGUUUCGUUUCGCUCUCGAUACGAUUCGAGACAACCGCUCUGCCAAAAUCUGGUCUAUUAUUGAGAGUUUCCCGCCAGUCCGGAAUGCAGUUUCGAAUUUAAGCGCAGAGGACUUGGAAUUGUUUUCCUACCUCGUACCAGACUCGGGCAGUGAGGAGGAGAAAGAAAUCAAUAUUUAUAGAGAAACAAUCGCAUAUAUAACCGCCACCCGCCUCGCUAUGGAAUCAAACGAGUCUUCACAAAUCACCGCGCGACAUAUCAUGGUCUCCCCCCUGCUUGCACCGGCUGAAUUCAUUGGUCUUCUCGAAGACAAACGACCGCGCGCAUUGGUCAUGCUAGCGCAUCUUCUUGCUAUGGCUGCGCCGCUGAGUGAUAGGUGGUGGAUUGGACAUACGGGGCAUAGAGAUGUCUUUGCGAUUCGCGAUAUGCUUGGGGAGGAGUGGGGGGGGAUGAUGGAGUGGCCGGUUGAGGUUGUUAGCCAGCGGUGUUGGAUUUGUAGAAAUGAUCAAGCGUCCUAA